CCAGCAGGAGGAGUGAGAGGCGACAGAUAGGCGACCCACCGACAACAUUUGGACACUAUUUAACUUUUGUCGGACCACCCAGCCACUGUUUGGGCUUUUAUUUUAAUUUUAACCAUGACACCUUUAACUGUGCGAGAGCGGUAUGAUACAUGCGUUAUAACGGCUGGGGAGCGGAAGUGAAAGGAGGAGGGAAGUUGUUAAGGGGAAAAGAAACCUCUAAAAAGUGAUUUUCGUCCAGUCAAGUUCAACUCAAAUCUCGUCUUUUUAGAGGAAGGGUGGCCCUGGAGAGUUUGGGGGGCAUGGACACCCACGUUAAGGAGGGACAACUUUAUGUGCAGCAUCAAAAAUUUGGCAAGAAAUGGAAGAAGAACUGGUUCGUCCUGUUCCCCGCCAGCCAGAACGGCAUCGCCCGCCUCGAGUUCUACGACUCGGGGGGCGGCGGAGGCUCGGGGAGCGGGUCCACGGAGAAGUCCAGGAAGCUCGACAAGAAGAUCAUCCGCCUGUCCGAGUGCAUCUCCAUCCUGCCGGCGCUGACGGAGAGCUGUCCCAAAGAGAACAUGUCGGCCUUCUGCGUGGAGACCAACGACAAGACGCACGUGUUCUCCGCCGAGAGGAUCACCGCCAAGGACUGGAUGGACACCAUGUGUGACAUCGCCUUUAAGGGCGGCAGCAGCAGCAUCAGUGCGGCUGCAGACCCUAACGGAGGGGGCCUCGACCUGCAGAUGUCUGAAAACCUCAUCUACUACUCCAGAGAGGAGGUGAACGAGUUCUGGGUGAGCGUGCAGCGCACCGAGGCGUCAGAGCGCUGCGGGCUGACGGGCAGCUACUGGCUGAAGGCCGAGAACGACAUCUUGAUCUUAAAGGAGCCGAAGACCAAGAGGGACAUUCUGGUGUGGCCCUACAAGCUGCUGCGGAGAUACGGCCGAGACCGGGUGAUGUUUUCCUUCGAGGCCGGCCGGCGCUGCGACUCAGGCCCCGGGAACUUCACCUUUGACACCAAGCAGGGCAACGAGAUCUUCACGCUGGUGGACCAGGCCAUCCAGUCGCAGAAGGUCCAGGCCGAGGAGCGCCACCUCAGCGGCCCCCUCAACUUCGACCCCGAAUGCCCGUCGUCCCUGCAGCACAUACGCAACGCCCCCCCCAGCAGCCUAACAGGAAGUGGGGACAGCAGCAGCUGCAGCAGCCGGGAGGCCGACGGAGAUUCAGGGGGCAGCAAACCAGGCUCUGCUGACGGAGUGCUGGGGAAGAGAGAGGGUGGAGAUGGAGGGGGAGGAGGAGGGAGGGGGCAAGGAACAGGACUAAAGGGGAGGAGUUUACCAGAACCUCCAGCCAUAAUGGCCCCUGCGAAGGCUCCAAGAGGUCAGGUGGCAGCGAAAGGUGCUGAUGAACACGCAGCUCUUUACUCUGAGCCGGCAGACUCCGUGCGCCUGCCUCUGCACGCCGGAGACUGCCUCUACUCCGACCCCGUGGACACCAUCAAAGCUCAGAGCCAGAGCAGCACCCACCCUGUGCCCCCCCCCCGCCUCCGACCAGCAGGAGAUGACGCUCCGGGAGUUCAAGGGGAUCAUCACCUGGGAGGCAGGAAGCUGCCGGACCUGUACUCGCACGUGUACGACCGGAUCAGCCAGGAGCUGAGCCAGAAGACGGGCACGCUGAGUCUGAACGGAGCCGCGGGGGGGGGCAAAGGGGGGAACAGUAACAGGAGAACCCCGGGAGGUCAGGCAGAAGGAGCUUUAACGCCUCCCGCUGCGCGUCUGGAGCACAUCUACGACGAACCAGAGGGCCGCGCCUCCACCGGUAAAUCAGGGAUGACAAUUUAUGACGAGGCCCGUCUGGAGCCCCACAUCCACAGGAGGAAGGACGAGGCGGCCCCUUCAGGGCCGGAGGGAACUUACAGCACUGCUUCGCAUGCAAAGCCAAUAGACCCCCACAAACACUCGCCCCCGCAGUCGGCCCAGAGCCGCGGCACGCCUCAACCCCCCGCACCGCGGUGGCCCAAACCCCUCACCGGCCCGAAGCCCGGCAGGAUGAAGAAGGAGCCGGUGCCGCUGCCCCCCGGGAAACAUGGAGGCAAUAAUGUAAACAACAACAACAAUCUAUGGGGGGGAGGGGACACAGGGCACGAGCUGUACAGCAAAGUGUCAAAGAAGAAACCUCCACCUGCUGACUCGUGGGAUUCGCUGAGAUCACCCGAAUGCAUCUACGACAACCUGGGAGACGUCUGACUCGAGGACUAACAGACGAAACCUUUAUCCCCUUUGUGAAAAGAGGAGAAGUGCAAAUGCAGAACACUCAGUCGUGGCCUUUAUUCCUGCAGCUUUUGUAACAUUUCUUCAAACUGUGGACUGGCAUCAUUAUGUCGAUUUAUUGGAAGUAGAUCAAAGCACAACUAUAAGAUCAUGGCUGCAUGGAGUGAGACUAUGGAAGGGCCACCCUGUGUGUGUGUGUGUGUGUGUGUGUGUGUGUGUGUGUGUGUGUGUGUGUG